AAAAUACGAUAGUAUGAAGAAUACUCUGUUAGUUUGUGCGUACGACGAAGGAUUUGUUUACGUAAAGAUCCAUGAGAUGAACGGCAUUUGAUGGCAACGAGCAUCAAACCGCUCUUCUUCCACUCGAAGCUCCUCUGCAUCUCCGUCCUUUACCUCCUCACUGUUCUAUCCUUAGCUCUUUACACUCUUCUCUCCCCCGCCGCCCUCUGCCUCUUCCGCUCCUCCCCACACGAUCCCAUUCAGACCCCUCUUUUCUCCUACAACUCCUCCUACGGCGAGCACAAACACGCCCUGCCCACCACCCGCCCCUCCUGCACCUCCCCUGUUUUCUUCUCCGGUACGGUAAGCCUUUUUCAUCUUUUCAAUGAUUCUUGAUCGGCUAGCUGAGAAUGGGUCGCCGCCGUUUUCGCAGAUUAUCGGGAGGUCGUGACGGAAAUCAAGCGGCUUUCUCGGAACUCGUUGGGAUUGGGCUCGGGAACCCUGAAAUACGUUCAUGGCGAAGGGGAAAGUUUCGGCGGCAAUCUCUCCACCCAAACGCGGUUCUCGUAUUUCGGUCAUGCCGAUUCGGAAGAACAAGUCCCUUGCGGAUUCUUCAAACCGUUCCCUGUUAGCAAAUCGGAUGAGAUGGCUAUGGAAAGAUGCAAUGGGGUAGUGGUAGUAUCAGCAAUAUUCAACGACCAUGACAAAAUCCGGCAGCCAAAAGGCAUAGGAUCAGACACUUUGAGCCUUGUGUGUUUCUUCAUGUUUGUGGAUGACGUGACCCUCGAUGGCCUUGAAAAUUACAACUUAAUAGCCUCAAGAAAAUCCAAAGAUAUAAGUGUUGGAGUGUGGAGAGUUGUGAAGGUUGCUACUUCUGCUAAUAAUAAGAAGGCUUUGCUGUACGAGGAUGCAGCCAUGAAUGGAGUGAUUCCAAAGUACUUGGUCCAUAGGUUGUUCCCAAACACUAAAUUCAGCAUUUGGGUGGAUGCAAAGAUGCAAUUGGUGGUAGAUCCAUUGCUGUUGAUCCAUUCACUUCUGGUUGUUGUGAAUAACAAGGAAGGUGUGGAUAUGGCUAUUUCGAGACACCCUAUCUAUGUGCACACCAUGGAAGAAGCCAUGGCUACGGCUCGGUGGAGGAAGUGGAGGGAUGUGAGUGCAUUGAGGAUGCAGAUGGAUACGUAUUGUGAGUAUGGGUUGCAGCCAUGGACAUCCAACAAGCCUUAUCCUUCAGAUGUGCCAGACAGUGCAGUGAUAAUAAGGAAGCAUAGUAAGGCAUCAAAUCUAUUCUCAUGCCUCUUAUUCAAUGAACUAGAAUCCUUCAAUCCAAGGGACCAACUUGCGUUUGCCUAUGUGAGAGACUUGAUGAAGCUGAAGCCGAGUAUUAACAUGUUUGAAGUUGAGGUGUUUGAGCAAGUGGCAGUUGAGUACCGGCACAACCUUAAACGUGACAAUGCAUGGGCACGACAAGUAGAAGAAGGUCCCUUGAUCAAGAUGGAAGGUGACACCAAGUGUGAUAGGUAUCUCAAACAAAUGUGGGGUGAAUCCAAUGAUUGAUUUUAUAUUCUUUCACUUAUUUUUUCAUCAAAAGCUCUAUUCAUACACAAAGUUUUGUACACUUUUCAUACACACAUCAAAGUUGUUUGUAUAGACACACAACUCGUUUAGAAAAAUUUAUCAAUUAUCUA